CUCUUCCUCGGAGUUCUCACAGUGCAAUACGUAGAAGGUCUUGGCAGACUGCACCUUCUAUUUGUAUGUCUAUUCACCCCAAAUAAGAUCCUUCAGAGGGUACCAGCCGUCUGGGCAGUGCUUGAGCUGCAGAUACUGGGACCAGCCUUCCACGGACCUCUGACCUGACGGUCCCCAGUGACCUUCCCUGUAUUAGCUGCUUCUCCUGCUGCAUCAGAUACUUUCAGCUGCAACUCCCUGCAAGGUGGGGCACCACCUCAGGCAGAAGGUUUUGGUGCACCUCACUGAUUCUACUUCUCCAGGGCUGCUGCUGCUGCCUGUGGCCUCAGGAUGAAAGGGGAUACCCCUGUGAACAGCACUAUGAGUAUUGGGCAAGCCCGCAAGAUGGUGGAACAGCUUAAGAUUGAAGCCAGCUUGUGCCGGAUAAAGGUGUCCAAGGCAGCAGCAGACCUGAUGACUUACUGUGAUGCCCACGCCUGUGAGGAUCCCCUCAUCACCCCUGUGCCCACUUCGGAGAACCCUUUCCGGGAGAAGAAGUUCUUCUGUGCCCUCCUCUGAGCUGCCCUGUCCCUCCUCACAGCUCUUCACCUUUCCCUCUCCUGGGACCUCCCUUAGGUCAGUACUGUCCUGGGCCCCUGAGGGUCCUGCCCCUUCCCUAGCCCUUGCCCAACCUGUGAGGUUAACUGAAGCACAAAGCCCUCCCUCAACUGUCGACCCCAUUUCCUAGCCCACUGGGUCCCACCCCAAGUACCCCGUGACUAAGAGCAGGCACCCUUAGCUCCACCCACAGAAGGGCCGUCAGACUGCCAGCAUCCAGCCCACUCCCUCUGUGACCCGUACGGACAAUGGAGAGAGGGGUGGGCCGGGUUCUUGCUUUCAGUCUCACCUGGAGCUACUCGAAGGGUUAAGCCAUUUGAAGAAUA